CUUAACGAGCCAGAUGAAGAAGUCGCCUACACCAGUCAGUAACAAAAGUGUCACAUCUUUCUCCACCAGUCAGUAUAGUUCACUAGAGACCCAGGAUUUAAUGGAUGAGAGAACAAGACAGCGGCAAAGUCAGACAGUCUCUCAGCACCCCAAUGGAUCGAAAGUCUCCCUUCCUAAACACACUUCUCCACCUCCUCACACCUUACAAAACAGUGACAUACUUAACGGGGAUGCAGUCCGACCCCUGAGCAGCCACGGCACUUUGAGAUCUAGUCUUUCAGAGCUUCCUUCAGCCCAGCAGCCUAUUCAGCUUCUUCACAGUGCCAUCCUGGAGGACGCCUUUUCCAAAGUCAUCCGAGAAGACUCUAGUAAGGCCAAUGGUGAGGAAGGUAGCGUACCACAGAAGAAGACCAAGGACAUCAGCUACAGGCUGGGUCAGAGGAGAGCUCUCUUUGGGAAGCGCAAACAGUUGAGCGACUACGCGUUGGUCUGUGGGAUGUUUGGCAUUAUUGUCAUGGUUGUCGAGACUGAGCUGUCAAGGGGAUUUUACACCAAGGAAUCCAUGUAUUCAUAUGUGCUAAAAGGCCUGAUCAGCCUUUCUACCGCUAUUCUGCUGGGCCUCAUUGUGAUGUACCAUGCAAGGGAAAUCCAGCUCUUCAUGGUAGACAACGGUGCAGACGAUUGGCGGAUAGCAAUGACCUUUGAGCGAAUUGUCUUCAUUAUGUUGGAGCUCCUCGUCUGUGCCAUCCAUCCAAUCCCAGGCCAAUAUGUGUUCACCUGGACUACUCGACUGGCCUUCAGCUACACAGCAUCAGUGGCGUACGCUGAUGUGGACAUCAUCCUCUCUGUGCCGAUGUUUCUGCGCCUCUAUCUGAUCGGCCGGGUCAUGCUGCUCCACAGCAAGCUGUUCACGGACGCUUCCUCUCGUAGCAUUGGGGCGCUCAACAAGAUCAACUUUGACACUCGUUUUGUCAUGAAGACCCUGAUGACCAUCUGCCCCGGCACAGUGCUGCUAGUCUUCAGUGUGUCCUGUUGGAUCAUUGCAGCAUGGACAGUGCGUGUAUGUGAAAGGUAUCAUGAUGCACAGGAAGUAACCAGUACUUUCCUUGGAGCAAUGUGGCUCAUCUCCAUUACUUUCCUGUCCAUUGGCUAUGGAGACAUGGUCCCUCAUACCUACUGUGGAAAGGGGGUUUGCCUGUUAACUGGAAUUAUGGGAGCAGGUUGUACAGCCUUAGUUGUGGCCGUUGUUGCAAGGAAGUCAGAACUCACCAGAGCUGAGAAACAUGUCCACAACUUCAUGAUGGAUACCCAAAUCUACAAAAAGAUAAAGAACACAGCAGCAAAUGUGUUGAGGGAGACCUGGCUCAUCUACAAAAACACCAAGCUGGUCAAAAAGAUUGAUCACGCCAGAGUACGCCACCAUCAGCGUAAAUUCCUGCAAGCCAUCCACCAACUGCGACGAGUGAAAAUGGAGCAAAGGAAAUUAACUGACCAGGCCAAUACAGUUGCUGAUCUCGCAAAGACUCAGAACAUGAUGUACGACCUGGUGUCAGAGCUGCAGCAUCGAAGCGGUGAGCUGGACAGUAGGAUCGUGGCUCUGGAAGAGAAACUGGACUCCAUCCUUCACUGUGUGCAGUCGCUGCCUGUUGCGCUUUCUCAAGCAAUAGCAAAGCUACAAAAAGAUUUCCUGGAUGACUUGGCCUGCCGUGUACACUUCCUAUCAUCCUCCCUGAGCUCUGAGCGCUGUUCCGUGCCAGCCAGGCAGCUUUGUCCAGGAUCCACCGCACCAGAGACACCAUACAACUGACUGGCCCUUCCUCAGUGGUUUCCCCUCUUAGUGUGCAACCAUUUUCAAUGCUGGGAUGGAUUUUCUCAACAUGAACUCAGUUCCGUGUUUAAGGAGUCAUACACAGCAGCAGCACCAGUCAUACAGCACCACUUUGAACAA